ACCACACAGUCAAUUCAGUCUCGAGUGAACCUUGAACCGUUGCGGACGCGUCUGUUCGAAGCGUGUGCAUUCCAUCGUGCAUCCAAUGUGCAAUGUGCGCGCGUGGGAAUUCCACAAGUGUAUUGGAGACGUUGUGGUGAUUGAAACAGCAUAUUUCCAAGAAAAUUGUCAAGUAAACAUCCGUUGUGAAUGGUAGAUAGAGAUUCGGGUGCACAGUACUUAGCCUCCAACGAAUGUUGUUCCUUCAUAUGAGCGCUCGCUGUAUGCCUGUGUGAAUGGAAGUGAUAAAAAGUGAAGGAGCAACUGGGCAGCAGCCGAAUAUCUGAGUGAAGUCAACGAAAAAAAAAUAACAAGAAAUAAAUCGCGCGAACGUGAAAAAAGCGAAGAAAUUCAAAACGACGAACGAGUUUUUGGGUCUCGCGUCCCAAAACGAAAGGCCCCCGCCAGAAGUCGGUGAAUGGCAACACCAAGAAGAAUUCAAGAUAUCAGAAUCCGUGAAAGGGUCUGCCUCGAAGAAUAUCAGUAACGUAGUCUGAAGAAAAGCGAUAAAAGCAGAUGGAAGUCUCUUAAGUGGAAAAAGUAUAAAAAUAUUUGAUAAAUUCAGUGAUUCCGGAAUGCUCCCUUGAGAUGCAUCGUGCGCAACAACUGCAGCGUAGAGGAGAAGCAUAACGUGAGUUCGAAGAACCGAAAAGAAUUCAGCCAGUAGUGCCCGACUCGUAUGUGCAGGGUCAGCGAAAGAGUUGCCAAGACGUAAUAAGAACAGCAAAACAACAACACCAGCUAACAAAAUCUGUUUGCAUACGACACGUCGUUGUCGUCGUCGUCGUCGUGACCGCCGUCCAUUAUUAUCGCCCACCCCCCAAAAGCAGCCACAGGCGUCAAUCAUCUGCCUGCCGCAGCUCGUCAUCGCCAAAACGUGUAAUUUAUGUGAACAGCACACAUACCCAGCACAACACUUCCCAAAGUCCAAGAAGUUCCCGAAAAUCCGCGACCGUACGGUGUAGUGUCUCCAUCCACGUCGUUGCGUCGUCGUCGUCGGUCGAUCGGUCGAGUGGUGGUGUAUGCAAAUUUCCUUAAACCCAUCAGUGAAGUGUCCGGCAAAUCCGGCGGGUUGUCGUCGUUUUCGUUAUCGUCAUCAGGAAGACCGUCCGUGAAGAUUUGGGUUGGGUACACAAAAAGUACCACGAAUAGCAGCGCAGAGUGAGCUGGGUCGUCGUCAAUCAGUGCGCGCGAAGAGCAAACAGGCUAAAAAACAGUGAGAAAUGUGAUGUUGGGAAAAAGUUGCACCUCGUCGAAGUCGAUAUCGCAUCAGUAGCAGCAGCGGCAGCAACAGCACAAAAAGUUUUAGAUGAAGUUUCUGACAUGCGAUGGUGAUGGGGAAACGAUGAGGAGGAAGUUUCCAGUUUUAUUUGCUUCCGAUCGAAGAAGUUCAACGUGCAGCGUGACCAUGAGUGGGCGUUGAUCGGAACGGGUGUGUUUGCGUUUGUGUACGUGUGCGCGCGCCAAUUUCCAUACGUUCAAUUCUGUGGAAAAGUUUUUUUCCCCUUUCCGCAACUCGACAUAUAAUCACAUCCUCUGAGGCCGUAACGGCAGAGGUGAAGAAAAGUUCGUUAUAGUGAGUGAGCAGCAACAAUGUGUCAAACAAAAAGAAAAUUGCAUAAUCAGUGUCAUACCGGAGGUGGUGGGAGGAGGAAGAUGGGGUGGCCAUCGUCAUCUGUGAUAUAUUUGAUAGUGAUCGUACAAACUGCCGGCUGGUUGAGGCUGGGGCUAGCGAGACCCAGCGAUUUGGAAGCGAACGAUAUGUAUCGUGACCUGCUCAACCAGAACGGUGCGCCCGAAAUCGAAUCGUACAAACCGGAGGUGGAGCUGGAAGCGGGCAUCAGCUACGAGAUGAUCUGCAACGCCAACGAACCCAUCCGAUGGCACAUCAAACGCACAGAGGCGGAGGACAUCGAACCUCCCCUGGUAGUUACAGAAUCUAUCGUCGCCAACGAUGCGGACAAGCUCUACAGCAUCAAGGUGACCAUUCCGGAGACCUCGGCCGAGGUCGUCGGCCGAUACUAUUGUAUUUUUGAAUCGUCCGAUAACUCCGACCACGACGUGGAUUUGGAAGAUCUGGAAGCGGACUACAAAGCCACGAGUACCUACCUGUUCGUUAAGGACCCAAAAAGCCCGAUAGUUCCAGUGUCCCACACCGUGGUCUACGCACAACAGUACGAAGACGUCGUUAUACCGUGUAAACCAUCGUCCAAGGACGUCAUCGUAGAACUGGUCAAAGACGAACAGGAGAUGCCAAUCGACAACUACCGAUACUCCGAAUCGGUCGGGUUCGUCCUGCGACCGUACCGGCUGGAAGACGGUGGCCACUACAUCUGCCGCGCCAAGGACCACCCGGACGCAGAAAAAAUCUUCUUCCAGAUGGACGUCAUGGAAUCCUAUGAUUACGAACAAGCUGUCACGGAGUACAUCCAGAAGCCCCGAAUCGAGUUCAACGGACCACCGCACUUCAAAGAAGGCGAUACUAUUCAGAUGACCUGCCUGCUGGACGUGGCCGAUACGGUCAAGUUUGACAUGAAGUGGAAACUGCCUGGCAAGCGGUUGGCCGUGAAUAACUCCCGAAUGACCGUCAGUCGGAUAUCGGUCAUUGCGCACCCGAACCGUACCGACUACCUGCUGGGACGAUCAGAUCUCACGAUCCAAAACGCGCUACCAAGCGAUAGCGGCUCCUACCAGUGCGAUGUGGCCGACCACAACUCGCACACCAAUCACAAAUCGGCGAAAGUCACCGUCUUCGACGAGGCGAACAUCGAUUUCAUCGAGCUGUACGAAGAGAACAAGCUGGACUUCAUCAACGUUACCAGCCGGCGAGACAUCAAAAUAGUCAUCAGCUACAAGGCCGUCCUCAAGCCGCUGUUCUACUGGACCCGCGACGAUAGCCCGGAACCGCUGGAAGUCGGCGAGCGGUACAGUAUAUCGGAAACCAAUGCGAAGAAUACGCUUACCAUCAAGAAAUCCACCAUCUUCGAUACGGGAACGUACACGCUGCACGCGACGAACGAGAAAACCAACGCGACCUUCUCCAUGAAGGUCUACGUUAGGGAAAAACCCCUGGUAUCGAUCAGCCCGAUCCACGCCCGACCCGGCGAGAGGGUCACGUUUGUGUGCACGGCCAUUGCCUACCCACAGCCAACGAUGCGGUUUGCCUUCAUCCCUUGCACGGGGAACCCCUGGAAGAACUGCUCGCAGUCGCUGAACAAGGAACAUGUCAAGCACUAUCCAAAGGUCUCGCGGUUAGUUGCUUGGCCCCAAGAGGACGAAAUAGUGAUGCGUACGGGUCAACGACUGGAGGAACACGGUCGCCAGCAGGAAAUCAUCACAACCGAACAGUACGAAAUGCAAGCGGAAACCGCCGGGUACAUCGGAUGCCUAGCCGUCAAUGGCUACGGAGAGGACUUCGUGAAGGCCGACCUGUUGAUCAGCGAUCUGAGCAAACCGGUCGUGAUCGAAAAGCUGUCCCCCAAAGAGGUUACGAUCGGCGAUGAGGUGACGAUCGAAUGCGCUGCCGUGGUGUACAACCAUACGGAUGCGAUCAACUUCUUCCGCGACGACGUACUGCUGAGUAGAUUCGAGGGGAUCACCAUCGAAAAGGACUACAGAACGUUCGCCUACCGAACGAAGUUGAUCAUUUACAGUGUCAGCAGGGAGCAUCAAGGUGUAAUUCGAUGCCAGGCACCGUUGAUCCAGUCGAGCGAAAUGGACGAAGAUGAGCUGACGCUGGAGGUGUUCGAACCGACGGCCCCGGUGAUCGUGGACGAGAAAGUCCACGAAGAACUGGAGAUGGAAAUUGGCGAACGGCUAACGUUCUCCUGCAAUGUGGAUGGAAUGCCAAAACCCAUAAUCGAGUGGACCAAGAAUGACGAAUUUAUAGAGUUCGAUAACGAUACGUUGGUCUUGCUGGCAAACGGAAGUAUACACAUGCCGUUCUUGAAUGUCGAACUCUCCGGCGACUACAGAUGUAUAGCAAGGAAUAAAGUUUCCAGCGCGGACAAGGUUUGGAGUUUGCGAGUAAAAACCGUCACAAUUCGGAAGACCUGGAUAUAUCUGAUUAUUUCGAUGAUCCUGGCCUUGAUCCUCGCAGUGUUGCUUAUCUCAUUGUUCUACUGCAAAAAGAAGAAGGAGGUUAAGGAGAUGAAAGCGGCCGGGCUGGCGCACUUCGAAGAAGGUGACCUGGAGCAGAUGAAUCCGGAGAUAUCGCUGGACGAGCAGGCGGAUUUGCUUCCCUACAAGAGUGAGUACGAGUUCCCGAAGGAGAAGCUGAAAUUGGGAAAACAGUUGGGAGCAGGAGCGUUCGGUGUGGUGAUGAAGGCCGUCGCUAGUGGGAUCAUGGUUGAUGAGGAUGAGACUGUGGUGGCCGUUAAGAUGGUGAAGAAGCAGACGGAUAACGAGGUGAUGCGAGCGUUGAUUUCCGAGUUGAAGAUCAUGGUUCAUCUGGGUCAACAUUUGAACGUGGUCAAUCUGCUGGGAGCGGUUACGAAGAACAUUGCCAAGAGAGAACUGAUGGUCAUUGUCGAGUACUGUCGUUUUGGCAAUGUUCAGAACUUCCUGUUGAAGCACCGACCUUACUUUAUUGAUCAGGUCAACUCAGAAACGGGUGAAAUUGACUCAACAAUCGACACGAAUAAGCUCCGGUGGUCAGCUGCGGGCUAUACCUACAACAGUCAAGGCUUGAAGUAUGUUAAUCUCUCGUUUUCUACAAACAACGUCAACAACCCCAAUUUAAACAACAACAACAACCAUCACAACGCUCAAAACCGCAACCGUCGACCUCGGAUGGCUCCGCAACCGGUUGUGAUCUACUGUAACAACAUGGUCACGUGCAGUGGUAAUUCGGCUGCCUACACCAACCCGAAGAACCACAUGAACUCCAAGGGCUACGUGAGGCACUCCGGUAUCCAGAAUAUGGGCAUGGUCGACAGCUGUAACACCGAAGCGACGAUCAUGACCUCCGUGGAUGGUUACGAUCUGAACACCGCCAACACCGGUGACAACACAGUCAACUCCGUCAACUCCAACGAGCCCCUCUGGAGAUCGAACUACGGUAUGGACUACAAGGGUCCGGCUAGAUCCGUGACUACCACGGACCUGGUAUGCUGGGCUUCCCAAGUAGCCUCCGGCAUGGAAUACCUUGCAUCAAGGAGGGUCCUCCAUGGUGAUCUGGCGGCCCGCAACAUACUCCUCUGCGAUGACAACGUAGUCAAAAUCUGCGACUUUGGUCUCGCUCGGUCGAUGUACAAAAGCGAUAACUACAAAAAGAAGGGAGAAGCUCCUCUGCCGUUCAAAUGGCUGGCGCUAGAAUGCAUCAGCGACAACGUGUUCGGGACGUAUUCGGACGUGUGGGCCUACGGAAUCGUGCUGUGGGAGUUCUUUUCACUGGCACGAGUUCCCUACCCGGGCAUGGAAGCCAACCAGGAGCUGUACAACAAACUACGCGAUGGCUACCGCAUGGAUAAGCCACAGUACGCCAAUCAGGACAUCUACGACAUCAUGCUGAACUGUUGGAAUGUAAAGCCUGACUCUCGACCCUCGUUCAAAGAUCUGAAGAGCCGGUUCAACGCCAUGCUACCGGAAGAGAUGAGAAAUCAUUAUAUCGAUCUCAACGAGCCGUACUUGGCCAUGAACGCUGAAAAGGAGCAGCGAGGAGAACCUGACUACCUGGCAAGUUUAGGACCGCCAGAAGAACAGGCGCCUAAAGCGCCACCAAACUACGUAAACGGAAUCAUUCUCCCUCUGCCUCCAAUUUCCGACAAGCCGGACUAUCUCCAGAUGACCAAGUCCGACUCGGACGACAGCCACUUCGACUUUGCCUCCUUCAACAACAGCCAACCAUCCCCGACGCUGAAGAACAACCUGGACUCCAGCCCCCAACAGGGUAGCAAACGGCACAAGAAGAAGGCCAUCCCCGAGGAGAUCCCAAUGCUCCUGAACCGAUCCGGCGGCAGCCACGGGUUCAAUUCCGACUCGGAAACCGAACCGACCAGUCCGGUACCGAUGGUUCGCACAACCAAACUGGUCCACCCGGAGCACGAGUACACCAAUCUGAAGCGGAUGGAUAAGCCCAGCGGAAACGGGCAGACGACCUCAACGAGCGCGAACGGUACCGAUCCUGGAAAGGACGCGUUCAGUAAUCCCGGCUACGUGGUGGUCCACGCCCCAGCCAACGAAAAGAGAUUGAAGUAGGUUUUAGGAGAGUCUCUUCCGGGAACGGAAUGGUUUUACUUAUUUUUGACUGAUGAGGCCGUGGACGGAUGUCGAAUGUACGCUUGGAUGUGCUUUGAUGGAUGAAGUAUUUUAAUAAGAGCGAUGCAAUCUAUAUUUACUACUUGUGAAGAGUAAAUGCGUGUCUUGAAUUGUAUGUGUGAUGUGAAUGUUUUUAACGGACAACAAGAGUGAUUGUUAUGCACUCGCAGCGAGUGCGGAGAGCUUUUAAAAAUGUUUUCUCUCAUAUUAAUGCCUUAAAUGUUUUAGAAACUAUUGGAUAUUUUACUACUAUAGAACAUAAUAAUUAUAUGUAUAAAUUAUUCGAUCUUAA